GCGGACAGGCAUUGCACGCAAAAAAUCCAUCACAAGCCUUAUAUAAGCAUAUGCUAGGGCAAGGUAAUUAUGCAUCGCAUUUUGAGGUGCACUUGCUGCAGAGAGGAGUGGUGUAGCAUCACUCUAGGCCAAUGACGAUUUCUGAAGUUGAUGCGCUUGCCGCUCACAAAGCUAUCCACGGAGCAAGAACGGAAGUGACAUUGGAGAAUGGUGAGAAGCUGGCAGUCGCAAAGAGCAAAAACGGUUGCAUGGCCAUAAAGUUCCCCAACUUCCAAGCGAUGGAGCAGAACAAGUCUAAGGAUUCAGCUUGGGCGAAGAAAGCCAAGGCAGGAACAAAAAUCACUUGGUUUCUGUCAGGAGCUUCACCAGCAACGUGGGGACGGAUUGUGGAUGGCAACAUUGAAGCUCGUGGCAAGGCCAUUGCGGAUGAGUCUGGGUCGGCAGAAAUGAAACCCGCAAAAGGAAGGGCCAAAGCCAAAGCAGAGGCUAAAGCCAAAGCGGAGGCCAAAGCAGCAGCCAAGGGCAAAGCUGAAGCUAAAGCUAAAGGCAGGGCAAAGGCCAAGGCUGCCGCAAAGAGUUCGGCUGCAAAAAGACCAGCGCCAGAGAAAGAGGAGGACGCAGAGAAGCCAGAAACCAAAAAGCUCAAGGUCGACAGUGUCUCUGCCAGCUCCAGUGGUGCUUCAGAUCCCUUGCUCCUGGCACCGUUGUUUGCAGGCAUGGGGCAUGGCUCUACCUGGCAGGCGGUCCUGAAGCCUGUGAUUGAAGGCUUGUCAGAUGCUGCGUCUUUCAUUGGACCUUCACGGGACAAGCGGAUUGUCCCAGUGCGAGAGCUGACCUUCCAAGCCCUAAAACCAAAUCCACCCUCAGGAUGGCGAGUAGUCUCCUUUGGUCAGUCCCCCUACCCGAGAAUUGAGUCAGCCACUGGCAUCGCUCAUUUCGACAACGCCUUGAAAUCAUGGGACACCGGCGCUUUUGGAACGGUGACCACGAUGCGCUGCAUUAUGAAAGCUGCUUUGAUGAGCAAGUUCAAAAUCAAAAAGGAGACGAAAAUGCCGGAAGUGCGAAAGCUUUUGAAAAGCAACGGCAUCGUUGGUCCUGCUGAAUGGUUUCAGGCCAUUUUGACCCAAGGUGUGCUGUUGAUGAACGCAGCCUGUACCAUCCGACCAUCUGAAGGGCAGCGUGCUGGGGAGGUUGUCCAGGAACACUUGCUCUUUUGGCAGCCAGUCAUUCAGGCCAUUGUGCAAGCAAUUCUGGAAGAUUGUCAGAAGAACAAGCGUCCCAUCAUUUUUGCAUGGUGGGGUUCUGAGAGCUUAAAGACGAAGAAGUUCCUGGACAAAACCUGCUUUUCGAAGUUUAUGUUUGUGAAGAUCCGGCACAUCGAGCACAAGAACCCCGCGGCCAUGGCUGAUGCUUUCUGUGAUUCGCCCAACAUUUUUGACCAAAUCAACAAGGCGAUCAAAGAGUUGAAGAUGGGAGAGCCUAUCGAAUGGCUUCCAGAUUCGUCUUGGAAAGAAAAGUUGGGCAUGGAAUCGGAAGCAGAGGAGAUGGGAGCCUUUGUCGCAGAAACCCAAGAACUGCAUAAGAUGUACCUGGAGCGGUUGAAAGAUGGUCUGGACACGCGGGCAGAUGACUUGGACAGCAUAGCUGGGGUGAUGUCAGCUCCCCUAGUAGCUCUGCCAGAAUCCUGCAAGCCUUUGGGCUUGACAGCAGCAGGCAAAGCUUCACAGAAGUCAGUUUCCAAAAUUGACAGACAGAGCUUGUCCAUCGAUGAAGCUGGGGCUUUGCACCUUUAUACUACAAAUCAUCUAUACAAGGCACUGAAUGCAGCUUUGCGAGAUCCCAAUCGUAUGAAGGCCAAAGAUUAUUUCAUGUAUUUGAGGCUCUUCGUCACUGCUUUGGAGAAGCUGCCAACUUCCAAGAAAGAGCUUUAUCGUGGGGUAGCCUUGGACCUAGCGAGCCAAUACCCAGUAGGAAGCAAAGUUACAUGGUGGGCGGUCUCCAGCUGUACACCGGAUCUGGGCGUUGCUACCAGCUUCAGUGGAUCGAAAACUAGCACCUUGUUCAUUAUCACUUCGCUGCGCAGUGUUGGCAUCAGGGAUUUCUCCCAGUACAAAAGUGAGGAGGAAUACAUUCUGGCGCCGGGCACUCAGUUCGAGGUCACGAAGGUGCUGCGGAAGGCUUCGAAGGUAGAGAUUCACAUGAAAGAGUUAGACCAACCCCGGAGGGUUCAGUGAUGUUCAGUGACCGACCUGUGUGUGCAAGAUGCGUGGGUUGCCUUUGAAUGUUUGUUGGUGUCGUGACACCUCAACUGUACAGAAGUUUGGCCGAUCGUUUGUCUAGCUAUGGACUCGAAAA